AUGGGACGAUGGCGUGGACGUCUGUACGCGACUGAUCGAGCCCGAGACUUUGAGCAUGAGCGAGACCGCCAUGUUCGUGUGCGUCAGAUAUACGAGACGAUCGACCGACAGCCCUACCAAUGGGUGGUGGUCCUCGUCGCCGGAGUGGGAUUCUUACUCGAUGGAUUCUCCUUAUUCACCGGCAAUAUCGCUCUUCCUAUGAUUGCCUACGUCUACUGGAAGGAAGAAAGCUCAUCGUACCGUACGACAUGCAUCAACAUCGCCACCCUCGCCGGGACCUUGCUGGGACAAGUCACCUUUGGAUUCAUGGCGGAUAAAAUGGGCCGGAAGAAGAUGUACGGUAUUGAACUGGUUUUGCUCAUCGGCUCCACUCUGGGGGUGGUCAUGAGCUCGCAAGGCUACGAUGGGAGCAUGAGCGUAUUCGCAUGGUUGAUUUGGUGGAGAAUAAUGGUCGGCAUUGGUGUGGGAGCAGACUAUCCCUUGAGCGCCGUUAUCACCGCCGAAUUCGCCCCGACAAAGCAUCGCGCCCGUAUGAUGGCCAGCGUGUUCUUCAUGCAACCCCUUGGACAGAUCGCUGGAAACUUGGUCUCACUUAUUGUCGUCAGUAUCUCGCGAAAAUCCGACAGCAGCGAUCUACAACGGUCCGUGGACAUUAUGUGGAGAUGGAUUAUCGGGAUCGGGGUCGUCCCCGGCGUGGUAGCCUUGGUGUUUCGAUUUGCCAUUCCCGAAACCCCCCGAUUUCUCCUCGACAUCGAAGACGACCCUGUCAAAGCCGAGUUUGACGCCACCCAAUUAUUCGGCGAAUCUUCCUUGGGUAGUGAGAUGGAAGAGAACGUGUGGUGUGAUUCUCUGGAAGGGUCCAAUUUGUCCAACCGGUCACUGGAUGAGAGUUCUACGGCCAGGCCGUCUUGGACCAUCACUCCGGCGCCGUUGACCACCCUCAAUUCGUCGUGGCAGCUCUCCCAAGCCGACAUCAAGCAAUACUUCUGGACGGAAGGAAAUUGGAAGACCCUCGCGGCCACAUCUAUGUGUUGGCUCCUCCUGGACUUUGGAUUCUACGGAAUCGGCCUCUCGAGCCCUCAGUUUCUCGCGAAGACAUGGGGAUCAUUGGAUAUUCAUGGCCCCAGCCCGCCGUGGAAGACCACGGACGACCCGAAUGUCUCCAUCUAUUCGAUGUUCUUUGAUACUUCGGUGCAAGCGCUGGUGAUCCUCAAUACGGGAAGCUUCGCAGGAGGAGUCCUGUGGAUUUUGUGCGCGAAUCGGUUGAACCGGAUCAGUCUCCAGAAAUAUGGCUUCUUACUGCUGGCGGCCCUGUUCAUCGCGCUGGGGACCGUUUUCAUUACGAUUCAACAAGAAGGGGCACUGGCCAUCACACUGUACGUCAUUGGACAGAUGGCGUUCAACUUUGGCCCCAACUCAACCACCUACAUCAUCCCCGCCGAACUGUUCCCAACCCGCUAUCGAGCCACCUGCCACGGUAUCUCCGCCGCGUCAGGCAAGCUCGGAUCCAUCCUCGUCCAAGUCUUUUCCCUCUACUACAAAUUCGGCUCCUCCGACCCAGGCGACUCGCAGACAAGACGCUACGGGACAAUCCUGGUCGUAUUCAGUGCGUGCAUGAUUUUGGGCGCGAUCAUCACACACUUCUGGAUCCCCGAGGUGCAGGAAAAGGCCAAACGCGGCUCUAUCUGGGCCGGCAAGGCUAAAUCCCUGGAAGAAUUGGCGCUGGGUAAAUGGGGCGUUCGGAGUCAGUCGGUCGUGCGGUCUCAGCACACGAGGAGUUUCGAUGGACUAUAA